AUGCACGUUGAAGUUCUGCUCGGAGUUUUACUACUAAAUGUGCUACACGCAAGUGGGCACCUUCCGCUCAAGGUUUCGGGUAAUCUGACGUGUGGUGGAGUCCCGGUCAGCACCGGCUUCGUUUCUCUAAUAAAUGAUAAAUUCUGGUUCCUCGAUGAGUUAUUAACGGUUGGCCAUCUGAACAACAAAGGCGAAUUUUACUUGUAUAUUGAUUCUCGCGAUGAAGCCUACGAUGCUCUUCUUGUGAUUGAGCAUAAUUGCCAUGUAACCAAGUUUAUUCGAGGAAUGAAUGGCGCCGUGAAGUACACGGAGAUUCGAAUCGCAAGAGGCAAGUCAUACAGCCCACAGCUCGAGAUUAGGAAAGAUAUUGAGCUCACCGAGUAUCGAUCAAAAUUCAAAAGAAGAAAAACAAAUUGUAUUGAUAAUGGACGACAGGAGAUGACGCAGAAUUUCAAUCUGCGCAACGAACAGGACAUCAAUUUAUCUCAGGGAAUAGUAAAAUAUCUGUAUCAGGGCGACAUCGCGGUAAAUCACCGCCAGAAACGAGGCGUUAUUCGUCAGAAGUUCAGAAAAUGGAAAUUACCGCUUCCCUAUGCAUUCGAUGCAAAUUUUCCGCGAAAAUCGCGACAACGGGUUCGAGAGGCGAUGCGAUUCUGGAUGGACAAAACAUGCAUCACAUUCCAGGAAAAUCCCUACGUGUAUCCACACGUCAACAUUUUUGAGGGCUCUGGUUGUUGGAGUUUCGUUGGUAAACAGCCAUCUUUACGGGAGCAAUCCUUAUCAUUGGAGGCGAGCUGCAUAGAUCAUCUUUUCGUCGUAGCACAUGAGCUCGCUCAUGCGCUUGGCUUCUAUCACGAGCACGCGAGAUCGGAUCGCGACGAUUUCAUCCAAAUCGACUACUCAAACAUUCAUCCGAAUCUCACGACGGCGUUCGCCAAAGAGAAUGAGAAAUAUAUUACAAGGAUGAACACUUCUUAUGAAUAUGGAAGUGUUAUGCAUUACUCUGCAGAUCAAUUUGCGACGGAUCCGAAUCGUCCAGUGAUUUAUGCGAAGAAUCGAAACUAUGAGCAGGCGAUGGGAAAUCGAAUGAGAGUCACGUUCUAUGAUAUUACGAGGAUGAAUACACUAUAUAAUUGCCAUGAGAGAUGCGCGAACACUGUGAAUCGCUGCUUAUACGGAGGCUAUCCUGCUCCACACGAUUGCUCGCAAUGUGUAUGUCCUGACGGAUUCGGAGGCAAUUACUGUGAAUCGUUCGAGCUUCCCUCAAUUGGACAGAAAUCGAAUCCGGAUUGUGGUGGGACGCUCUGGGCUUCCGACAUUCCUCAAAACGUAUUCGGAGCUGUGCGAACACGCGUUUAUUCCAAUAAUCAUUUGGCGGCUCCCGAAUUUUGCUUCUGGCACAUUCGGGCAUCAAAUGAGAAAUCGAUAGAGAUUCGAAUCAAGUCGAUCAUUUCUCCGUGCUCAAUGACAUGCUCUUUUAACGCUUUGGAAUUAAAGCUGAACAAUUUUCACAUGACUGGAUAUAGAUUCUGCUGCGACGAGCACAUUUAUGUUGCGAAUACACAAAAGCCGAAGGUUUUUGUGUCAGAUGGAAAUCUUGCAGUCAUCGGAGCCUACGCGAGAUACGAUUAUUUGGAAUUCAAUAUUGAAUAUCGGGCAGUAUAA